AUGGCUCUCCUCAACCUGCCCAUCGAAGUGUUGCUAGAAUUUGCGGUCUUCCUAGCAGAAAGCGACGUCAACUCAUUAUGCCAAGUAAACUGGCGACUUUAUGAUAUUCUGAAUCCAUAUAUGUAUCGGAACAAUGCUCGAAACUUUGGGUCUUCGGCGUUGAUAUGGGCCUCUGGGAAUGGAAACUCAGCUACAGUCAAACGAGUUUUCGAAACGGCGACAGCACAGAGACAGAGCGACGUUAAGAGUGCAUUCUUCGAAGCCUUGCAAAAUGGAAAUACAGAGGUGAUCAAGAUUUUACUAGAGAAGAGAAGUGACAUCGAUGUGGAUGCCAAAGUAGAUGACGAUCGGACGCCACUAUUCAUAGCGGCGGAAUAUGGGUAUGCGCCGCUGGUGAAGCUGCUUCUGGAUACUGGAAAGGUGGAUAUCAACGCCAAUUUUCACCAAUAUGGAACACCGCUAGGCAUAGCUGCGUUUAAUGGGCAUGUGGAAACAGUGAGGAUACUGCUGGACACUGAACGUGCGGAUACAGAAGCAACAAAUCGCUGUCUUGAGACACCAAUUUACGCUGCUGCAACGAACGGAAGAGAGGCGGUGAUAGAGAUUUUUGUUAAGAGAGGGGUGGAUUUGGAAGCAGAGUAUGACAGAGUCAGAUUCCCAGGCCUGACGCUGCGUGAGGCUCUGAUAGAGACCGCGACAGUGCAUGAGCGUGUAGGAGCUUCAGCAAUCCUGAAGCUACUAGCCGCGUGA